GGGGGGGGUUGUCUUGUGUGCGUCAGUAAGUCAAACAUGUUCCAAUAACGGGCUGUAUUAUCUGCUGCUAUUUGCAGUUUGCUGUAGCCAGGCACCAGACUGAGCUGAAGUAAAAAAAAAAAAAAAGCUGCACCAGCUUCUCUUCACUUCUCCUCUGUGAUGGCAACGAUCUCAACCGGGCUGGUAUCUGCAUGGCAAAAGGAGGAGACUAACUCUUGCCCCUGGCUCUGUUUCCUCCAUGCAAAACACAAGAGAUUCAUCUGAACCACCACUCUAGGAGGACAGAGGAUGGAGGUAGGCGUGAGGAGCAGCACAUGGACAGCGAAAAGAUUACCCCUGAGGAUGUUUGGAGCCAUGCUGUUGCUUGGAACUGAUCUGUGCUGGCUGAGCUUGAAAGAAAAGGCGCUGGUCAGUGCCCAGAAUAAUGAGAGAAGGGUUCUGGCGCAUAUCCCAGGUGACAUUAUCAUCGGAGCUCUUUUCUCUGUCCACCACCAACCACCUGCAGACAAGGUGCAUGAGCGAAAGUGUGGCGCCGUGCGCGAGCAGUACGGGAUCCAGAGGGUGGAGGCCAUGAUGCACACUCUGGACAGGAUUAAUGCAGACCCCAAUAUCCUUCCCAAUAUCUCUUUGGGCUGCGAAAUAAGGGACUCGUGCUGGCACUCCGCGGUGGCGCUGGAGCAGAGCAUUGAGUUUAUCCGGGACACACUAGUGUCCAGUGAUGAGGAGGAGAGCCAGGCUAGAUGCACAGCAGAAGCUGGGAACAUAGUCCUGCAGGGAAAGAAGCCCAUUGUGGGUCUCAUUGGACCGGGAUCCAGCUCUGUGGCUAUCCAGGUGCAAAAUCUCCUGCAGCUCUUCAACAUCCCGCAGAUUGCAUACUCAGCCACCAGCAUGGAUCUCAGUGACAAGAGCCUGUAUAAAUACUUCAUGAGAGUGGUGCCAUCAGAUAUGCAACAGGCCAGAGCCAUGGUGGACAUUGUCAAGAGGUACAGCUGGAGCUAUGUGUCUGCAAUACACACAGAGGGAAACUAUGGUGAGAGCGGCAUGGAGGCAUUCAAAGACAUGGCAGCCAAAGAGGGGAUCUGCAUUGCCCACUCUGACAAAAUCUACAGCAAUGCAGGGGAACAAAACUUUGACAAACUGCUGCAAAAACUCAGGGGCCAUCUGCCCAAAGCCAGAGUGGUGGCCUGCUUUUGCGAGGGCAUGACAGUCCGUGGCAUUCUGAUGGCCAUGAGACGACUGCGCCUGGUGGGGGAGUUUCUGCUGGUGGGAAGUGACGGCUGGGCGGACAGGUACGAUGUAACUGAUGGCUAUCAAAAGGAGGCCGCUGGUGGGAUCACCAUAAAGCUAAAGUCAGCACACGUGAACUGGUUCGAUGAUUAUUACCUGAACCUGACGCCGGAUUCCAACCUGAGGAACCCGUGGUUUCCUGAAUUCUGGCAGCACCGUUUCCAGUGCCGGCUGAGAGGGCAUCCGCAGGAGAGCGCAAAGUACAACCGCACUUGCAGCUGGAGAGAGUCUCUGAGACAUCACUACGCACAAGAUACAAAAAUGGGCUUCGUCAUAAAUGCCAUUUACUCUAUGGCUUACGGCCUUCACGCCAUGCAGCAAGCGCUUUGUCCAGGAUAUAAGGGUCUGUGUGAAAACAUGCGGCCCAUAGAUGGCCGCAAGCUGCUGGAAUUCCUUAUGAGAACCAACUUUAGUGGUGUAUCUGGAGAGAUCAUCCACUUUGACCAGAAUGGAGACUCACCUGGCAGGUACGAAAUCAUGAACUUCAAGCAGAUCGACGUGGAUCAGUACGCUUACAUCCAUGUGGGAAGUUGGGAUCAGGGUGGUCUGAAGAUGAAUGAUGAGGAAAUAUGGAGCAACAACAGUGAAAUUAUCCAGUCAGUCUGCUCUGAGCCCUGCCAAAAGGCUCAGAUCAAGGUGAUCCGUAAAGGAGAGGUAAGCUGUUGCUGGACUUGCACUCCCUGCAAGGAGAAUGAAUUCGUCUUUGAUGAGUACACUUGUCGAGCUUGUGUGCUGGGCUCCUGGCCUACAUAUGACCUCACUGGUUGUGCACCAAUUCCAGUCCAAUAUGUGCGUUGGGGGGAUCCAGAGCCAAUAGCAGCUGUAGUUUUUGCCUGUCUGGGACUCUUGGCCACACUUUUUGUUACUUCAGUCUUCAUCAAGUUCUGGGACACUCCUGUGGUGAAGUCCUCCAGUCGGGAGCUUUGCUACAUCAUUCUCGCCGGAAUAUGUCUGGGCUACCUGUGCACCUUUAGCCUCAUCGCCAAGCCUCACAUUGUCUACUGCUACCUGCAACGACUGGGGAUUGGUCUGUCCCCUGCCAUGAGCUACUCUGCUUUAGUUACCAAGACCAACCGUAUAGCACGCAUCCUGGCAGGCAGCAAGAAGAAGAUCUGCACCAAGAAACCGCGUUUUAUGUCCGCCUGCGCACAAUUGGUCAUCGCCUUCCUACUCAUACUGUUGCAGCUGGGGAUUAUUGUGGCACUUCUUAUCAUAGAGCCACCAGAGGUGAUCUACGAUUACCCCAGUAUCAGGGAGGUACAUUUGAUCUGCAAUCUGACCACUUUGGGAGUGGUGGCCCCACUGGGCUACAACGGCCUGCUUAUACUCAGCUGCACCUUUUAUGCUUUUAAGACUCGUAACGUGCCAGCUAAUUUCAAUGAGGCCAAGUACAUCGCCUUUACCAUGUACACCACCUGUAUAAUCUGGCUGGCCUUUGUGCCCAUUUACUUCGGCUCUAAUUACAAGAUCAUAACCAUGUGCUUCAGCGUGAGUCUCAGUGCCACGGUGGCUCUCUGCUGCAUGUUUGUCCCGAAAGUGUACAUCAUGCUCGCCAAGCCUGAGAAGAAUGUGCGCAGUGCUUUCACCACUUCCACCGUUGUGCGCAUGCAUGUGGGCAAUGCCAAGAAGGCGGCAAAGGCUGCGAAGUCCUCCAGCAGCAUGGCCAACCUGUUUCGACGUGGUGGAUCUGCACAGGAGAACAUAAGUUCCAACGGAAAAUCUUGGGGACAGAACGAGCGGAGCUGCAGACCCAACUUGUGGAAGAGGAUGUCGUUCCACGUUAAGAAGAAAGACCCGGUGGAGGUGAAUCAGACAGCCAUCAUCAAGCCGUUCUCCAAGGAAGGAGACGCAACUGGAGACAACAGCGUGACAGAGGAGUAUGAUGGGCCGCAGUUGUCUCAGGUUUUUUCCUGCUCGCCAUCGCAGUCACCUCUGCCCGCCAUCAGUCCACAUGCAGCGAAGGCACGGGGUCUCCAUUCAGAAGAAGGGGGCGAGGAGGUGCAGGUUUUACCAACCUAUGCGCCCGAGCUCUUCUCCGGGGUCCGGCGGCGAGGCGGGGACAACGGCCAGCUUGCUGCCAUUGUGGACGGAGGGGACAUCAGCAUCAUCAGCGUGGGUGAAAUCGGCCAAACACAGGGUACCACCAUCAUGGACCAGAUCAGCUGCGUUGUGAACCGCUUCACCGCCAACAUCAGCGAGCUGAACACCAUGAUGCUACCAGGAGCGUCCAUCCUCGGCCCGGCGUCUACCACACCUCUGCCCGUCGCGCCGGACAGCCCCCCGUCUCCGUCCCAGUACUUCGACAGACAGUCGCCCUCUACCGUCACCACGUACGCAGAAGUGACUGCCGUCUCCAACUGCUGCGAUAAUCGCCCCAAGAUUUACGAGCAACUGGCUGGGACUUGUACAGGCGGCAGACGGGCUAAGAAUCCAGAGGAGCUAAUGGCUCUCACACCUCCCUCCCCUUUCAGGGAUUUCUCCCUGAGCUCCAACGAGAGCUCGCCCCCCUCCCUGUCCCCGGCUUCUGAAGCCGAAUGUGACCAGCUGCUGCUGAGACACUACCAGAGCUCCUCUUCCCUUUAAACCUGUUGUCUCGACCGUCUUUGUCUUUUAUCUGGAGUAUUUUUCGCUCCCGAGAGACAAUUUAGCCAGGGCCAAACUUUUCAAACCCUUUCUCCAUGUGGAUGUUAUGGAUAUUCAGUGGGGUUUUUUUUUGUAAGAUUUUUUUGCAGAUGGGACUGUAUACGCUUCAAUUGUCAGUUGGGUGAUAGGAUGGACAGAAGAAAACCAUUGAAAGAUUUUUAGGAAAAUAGAUUUUCUUUUAUGCAGUUCCGGUCAGACGUUUAGAAAAUAAAUUUGAGGCUUUUAAUUAGUUAGCGAGUUUUGACAGUUGAAAUGCAGCUGACAAUUUUUUUUUGACUAGAAAUGAAUGGCCAAAUUUAAAUUUAGAAUGUUUCUUUUCUCAUCUACACAGGGUGAACAUAAUACAUAACACCAAUACUUUGCAUUGAGCACUGACCCCCCCACUAGUAACACAAUACAGUUUUAAAAACAAACUUAGGAUGCACAAGUUCUAAUUUAUUUACUGUGGAUUUUCUACAAUCCAUGCUUCCAAAAUUAUAAAUGUGGGCCUAAUAGAUGCAACGUUAAGGCCAUGCCUAUUCAUGUUUGGAAAAAUGCCCCUCAGCAAGUUGGAGAGAAACCACAAACACGUUUUGUGCCAGUCAAACAUUUCUGUCAGUAUUCUGUAUAUAUGAUCCAAAAAAAAACUUCAACAGGGUUGAGGUUGAAGCUACAGUAGUUAAAUAAAUCCAUUUCAAAACUAAUUUGGAUGUUUGGCAUCAUUUUCCAGUUGGAGCACCCAGUUGUGUCCAAGUUUCAACCAUCUAGAUAGUUAUUUGAGGUGCAGUUGAAGACUGUGGGAAUCAACGCUCUUAGGCAUUGGAACAGACCAUCAGCAUGAUGCUUCUACCACCAUGCUGUACAUAAAGACAUCCUGUGGUGGCCAAGCUGCUAAAUCUUUGUCCAUCCGCACCAAAAAACUUCAAAAUUUUUAACUGGUUCAUUUUUCUUGGUUGGCACCCUCUCAAUCCAUAUUGACUUUGAGCUGUCUAACUGUGACCAGCGACUCUGGAGUUCCAGCCUCUUCUAAUUUACCAUGUUCUCAAAUAUCGAUGGGUCUUCGGUCGUUCCAGAACAUCCUGACCAAUUUUCUUCCAUCUGAAGGUGGCCAGAUGGGUUAGAUGGUUCUAACUUGGACACAAUAUGGUGCUCCAGCAGGAAAAUGAUCAGAAACAAUGGAAUAGAUAAAGAAGGGCAAUAAUGAACUUCUUGAAUGGCCCCAACCUCGAGAUUAUUGAAAAAUUCUAGACCAUGAUUAAAAAGCCAGAUUUAUAAGAGGAAACCAAUCAUUUUAGACAAACUAUAUCAAUUCUAAUAAAAGGGGUGGUCAAAUUUCCAGUCAAAAUUCUAGCAGGAACUUACUGAUGGUAAUUAUUUUCCUUUACAAGUGUCCAAGGGUAUUAUUUUAAAAUUUUAAACGGCAUGGAUAUAUCAACAAAGCCUGCAAAUACCAAGUUGACAAUGUGGAUUAAAGAAAAGUCCCAUUAAACAGAAUCUUCUGCACCAAAAGGUUGUUUUUACAGCAGCCGUGUUGCUGAUGUAUGUUGUGUAAUUGUUCAAUUCUGGGAAAAGAAGGGUUCAAAUUAACUGUUAAAAGCCAAAAAUUUACAUUACAUUUAUGCCAAUGAUGAGUGCAUCUAAACUUCCGACAGGAACUGUACAAUCAGAAAACUUUAUAUACUAAAUGACCAAAAACAAUUAUUAAAAAGAAACUGAGCUCUGCUUUUUUUUUUAAAUCAACUUUGUGAUGAUUUUAAUGUGUUGAAACCCAUGGGCAUUUAAAGACUUGUCUUUUCCUAAACAUGUUUUCAACUCCAAAGGAAACACUGAUGCUAAGCAUAGCUACCAUUUAGAGGGUAUUCAACCACAUAUUUCUUUCAUCAAGCCUUUAUUUUUGUUUUUUUCUUGACAUUAAAUCAAAAUAGCAUAUGGAUCUCAACCUAAAUCAGUGCAGGUGUUAACUUGUUGUAUAUAAGUUAUAUAUUUUUAGCUAUGACCACUUGAACGGGUGUUUUGUUUUUAUAGCUUGCUUGUUGACUCUCUGCAUAUGAUGUGUUGCUUUUGUUAUCGACAAACUCCCUGAGAAGAAUAACAUUAAUAUUAGAUUUGUAUGUUUUUACUCAUUCACUAAUUCAUUAGCGACCCUUGCAGACAGAAAGCUUUUGUGAAACCUGAUAGUUAUAAUAAAAAAAAACAUAAAGAUUGCAUCUUUUUUAUGCAUUCUCUUUCUCAUUUCAAAAAGUUCCCCUCUUCUGAGAGGAAAGGAGCUAUUUGCAUCUCCAGGGAAUACAUGCUACUGUCUCAGUGGACACAAUCAUCAGGGACAUAACCCACAAAGAGCUUAAGUCCACUUGGAUGUCUUCUUCAAUUUUUAUGACAUAGCUGAAUGUACAAUGAGUUAGGAUUUGUAAGUGGACCAAAACUAUUUUUCCAUCUCAGGAUUUGUCUCUGAACCAAAACCCUUUCUGACUGCAACUCUUUCCUGCUGGAUUAGUGAGGUCGCUGGCACAAAACGUUGCCACUCUGCAUGAUGACUCUCUUUAGAUUGUGCUUAGAACGUCUCAAUCUUUAAUAUAUUCAAAUUAGACUUUGAGGAUUAUUAGAGACAGCAGCAAAGCCACGAUGCAAGUUGUGAGCUUGAUUGUUUUUAGGUUCGGUUUCUGCCAGGGAGAAGCGCGCCGCGUUGGAUGUUUCCAGCCAUGCUGUGCCAGUCUCCUGCUGUGGAUUGCAUUUUGUUUCUUUAAAAUGGGUCACAAGAAAUGUUAUUUCUUUUGCCUGAUCCGUUCAGCUCACUCAGUACUCUGUUAUGCCCCCCGACCCAUUUGAAGAUGAAGAUUUGUAUUCACACACUCAAAGCUUUUCAGCUUGUGAGAAACAACUGAUACUAUUUAUGUUGCAGCUACCCUUCACAUGUGUAUCUAUUUCUUUAUAUAAGGUUUGGCUUCAGUCCUUUAUAUGUCUGUUAAUAUUUACACAGGCGAACACGUGUUUAUUUUUCGGAUUUUUUUUUUUUUUACUAAUUCUUAAUCUGAAUAUAUUCUUAGAAUGUCACCAUAUUUGCAUGUAGCUUUGUGCAAAAGCUUAGAUUUUACAGAUUCCAAUGUGUGUUUGUGUUUGUAACUUACUAAAGAAAGCUUGUAUUUCGCUUUUAUAAAUUUGUGACAGACUUUUACCGCAUUAAAGGAAUCCUUCUGC